UCCUUGCCCAGGCAUAUAUAAAGACUCUUCAUGAGACAAGCUUUUGGAUUGUUCCUUAUUCAGCACCAGAGUGGUGGACAGCUCUCUGUAGGCAGCCCUGACCUCAGGUUUCCCCCUGCUGUAAAGAGAAAAAAUUACACCAUCCACUAUGCAGCCAGCAAUGAUGAUGUUCUCCAGUAAAUACUGGGCAAGACGGGGACUCUCCUUGGAUUCUGCUGUGCCCCAAGAACACCCACUGCUUGGCAACGUAACACUGAACAGAACUGGUUCUGGUAAAAUUGAUGACAAAAAGGGCAACAAAAGUACAGGCAAGAAUGAAUCAACAUCUGAAAGCGGAAAGACUGCUGUGGUGUUUUCUUUGAAAAAUGAAGUUGGUGGCUUGGUAAAAGCACUCAGACUCUUUCAGGAGAAACAUGUGAGUAUGGUUCACAUUGAAUCAAGAAAAUCCAAGAGGAGGAGUUCAGAGGUAGAAAUUUUUGUGGAUUGUGAUUGCAGCAAAAAACAAUUCAACGAACUCAUUCAGUUGUUAAAAUAUGAAACUAACAUUGUAACUCUAAAUCCCCCGGAAAAUAUCUGGACUGAUGAGGAAGAACUUGAUUGUGUGCCUUGGUUCCCCAGGAAGAUUGCUGAAUUAGACAAAUGUUCCCAAAGAGUUCUCAUGUAUGGCUCUGAACUGGAUGCAGAUCACCCUGGAUUUAAGGACAACGUCUAUCGGCAGAGAAGAAAAUAUUUUGUAGAUAUUGCCAUGAACUAUAAAUAUGGCCAACCAAUCCCUCGAGUGGAGUAUACACCUGAAGAAAUAAAAACGUGGGGUACUGUGUUCAGAGAACUUGCUAAACUGUAUCCUACUCACGCUUGUAGAGAGUAUUUAAAAAAUUUUCCUUUGCUGACCAAAUACUGUGGCUAUAGAGAGGAUAAUGUCCCUCAACUGGAAGAUGUUUCAAUGUUUCUUAAAGAAAGGUCUGGCUUCGUAGUAAGACCAGUUGCUGGAUAUUUGUCACCUCGAGACUUCUUAGCAGGCCUUGCCUAUAGAGUUUUCCACUGUACCCAAUAUAUACGUCAUGGAUCAGAUCCCCUCUACACUCCAGAACCGGAUACGUGUCAUGAGCUCCUGGGACAUGUGCCUCUGUUUGCUGACCCUAAAUUUGCCCAAUUUUCCCAAGAGAUUGGACUGGCUUCACUGGGAGCAUCUGAUGAGGAUGUCCAGAAACUUGCCACUUGCUAUUUUUUCACCAUUGAGUUUGGCCUUUGUAAGCAAGAUGGGCAACUCCGGGCCUAUGGGGCAGGCCUUCUGUCUUCCAUUGGAGAACUUAAGCAUGCUUUGUCUGAUAAAGCCAAUGUGAAAACAUUUGAUCCAAAGACAACCUGUUUGCAGGAAUGCCUUAUCACUACUUUCCAGGAAGCUUACUUUGUCUCAGAAAGUUUUGAAGAAGCUAAAGAGAAGAUGAGGCAAUUUGCAAAAUCAAUCAACCGUCCCUUUUCUGUAUAUUUCAACCCAUAUACCCAAAGCAUUGAAAUUCUGAAAGACACCAGAAGUAUUGAAAAUGUUGUCCAGGAUCUUCGAAGUGACCUGAACACCGUGUGUGAUGCUUUAAGCAAAAUGAACCGAUAUUUGGGAAUAUGACUUCUUUUGGUGCUUUGUGGCCUUGGAGCACAAUUGUGCCAGCACCAUUAUGAGAUGCUAUUCCCUUUGUAGUGCAAUCUAUCCCCUUUCUCUUGCAUGAACAUCAGCUUGCUCAGUGUAUACUCUGUAGCUUCAGAUAUGCCAGCACUAGCAUGGAAAUUCACAAGGGCAUAGAAGCAAGAAAGUUACAUCAAUAAAUACACAUUUGUGGUGGUGGCAGUGGCAGGGAAACAGCAUUAUAAUACAAUCACAGCAGUCACUGUAUUUCCCAUCAACACUAUAAUGAGGACUGGAUAAAAUGUUAUUUUCCUUAUGCUUGCUGAAAUAAAAGUUUACU